AUGGCGCAGAAGACCAAAGCACUUGUCCCCCCGGGAGAGGAGGCACCUUGCAAGCUGCAGAAAUGCAGCGCUGAGUUUGCAAGAGAGAAGGAGGCCUCCCAGACACUCCCAACGUGCGAGGAGGAAGGGCCAGACCAACGCAAAGCCGUCGAAGGAGGAUCUCCGGAGGAGAGCGCGGCAGUGCCCGCGAAUGAGACCGGCAGCUCGCAGGCCGCCAGUGAGAUUUCCGAUGUGCGACUCAUCGCAGAGGUCCAGUCCGUCCUGGUGGGCGUGGACUUGCAGAGCAUGACCUUGGGCCAACUCCGGUCAAGGUUGGAAGCGAAGCUGGGCCUGACGGAUGGCGCUCUCUCGGCGAAGCGGCGAAUCCGCCGGCGAUUGAGCUUUGUCGUCCACCAGGAGGCAAGCUGA